GUUCGGAAGCAGCCGGUUGUGGGAAUGGUGGGAGCCCUGCAGACGGGCAACACAAGGCGGAUAGGGCGCAAAAUCGAGGUGCAGUUGGUGAAAGGAGUUCACGGACUCGGAUUUAGUAUUACGACACGGGAUAAUCCUGCUGGAGGCAACUGUCCUAUCUACAUCAAGAAUAUACUGCCCAAGGGUGCGGCGGUUGAAGACGGACGUCUGCGGCCGGGCGACCGUCUGCUGGCGGUCGACGGCUGUCAGCUGACCGGGAAGACACAGGCUGAAGCCGUCGCUUUGCUGAGACAGGUGCCACCAAUGCCACUUGCCUUAUCACCGUGUUCCAGGCACGACCCCAACGAGAAGGAUACCACUAACACCAACAGUAAUAGUAUGGAGGUCGGUCAAAGUCCGAGCAAAAAUCAGCAGAGACCAGUUGAGGUCAAGUCAAACCAAUCUGCCAACCACUCUAAUCAGGAUUCGAAUAGCAGCGGUGGUUCAGUUCAUAGUAAACGAGUCAAUGAUAGUAAAAAUAACAGCAGUCACUCCUCCAAUCAGGAUGACUCGACCAACGACUCUCAUUCUAACCUGUGGAAGCAGAAGGAGAUAGUGACGCUGUACAUCCCCGUUCAUGACACGGAGAAGGCCGGCCUGGGAGUCAGUGUCAAGGGCAAGACUAGUGGUGGAGGGGGUAACUCUUCCCCCACCACCGAUCUCGGAAUAUUCAUCAAGAAUGUGUUGCAUGGAGGCGCUGCUUCCAG